AUGGAAACAUCUUCCACUGCUACUACUGCUACUCCCAAUAGCAUAUCAAUCAUGUCCGAUGCUCCCCUUGCUACGCCUGCUGGCGUCUCUACUCCCACAGAUACCAUGUCGUUAGCCACGCCUCCUCCAACAGCCACCUCCCAGGCGUCUUCUACCACAACCACCACAUCGUCCGCUACAGCCGCCACAUCUACAAGCACGGCCGCUACUUCAGCCUCUAUGGCCAGUGCGAACGCCACUUCAAGUGAUAGUCCUGCUGCUCGCCCCGCCUCCCGCCGUCCUCCUCGCAAGAGCACCUUGACUCAGCAGCAAAAGAACCACAAGCGCCAGCGCGCCACCCAGGACCAACUCGUCACCCUCGAGAUGGAAUUCAAGAAGAAUCCCACUCCCACCGCCGCCGUCAGAGAGCAGAUCGCGGAAGAUAUCAACAUGACCGAGCGUUCGGUGCAGAUCUGGUUCCAGAACAGGCGCGCUAAGAUCAAAAUGAUUGCUAAACGAGGUAUCGAGACCGGAGAAGACUGUGAUGCCGUCCCGGAGUCGAUGCGAAGAUACCUUGCACUCCAGCUAGAUCCUGCCGGUUCGAAUGCGCGAAACAUGCUAGGCCGUGCGGGGGGCUAUCCUUCGAACGAGCCCAUGAUGCAAUCCGCCACCUCGUCCAAAGUUGUGAUCCAGCAUUUUGCGUGCCGCUCUCUUCGCAUUGGCACCUGGCGGCGUGUUGGCCAAAAUACCAUGGACCUGGUCAUCUUCUACUCCCCAGACCAGGCAUGCAUGACUUACUACAUAAACAACGACUCCGCUGGUUACAAGAUCGAGUACCCCUUUUCAAGCAUUAAGAAUAUCAUCCUCGAGCCCGGUGACCCUGUUCCGCCAAUGGACGGCGCCAUUCCCCGAUCAGGCGGCUUAGUCAUCGAACUAAACCGUCCGCCAAACUUCUAUAUGGAUUCUUCCAACUCGGGCGGAUUCUACCAGUGCGGCGAUUUCACGGAGGAACAGCAGGCCACCAAGUCGCUGAUCCAUCAUCUUGGAGGCCAUCCCAAGGUCUUGAGUGUCCAACUAGCCAAGCUUGUCUCACUCGAAACGUUCCAGAACCGCCAUGUUCCAGCAUACCCCUUCACGCCAAACACCCCCUUUAUUGAUGGCUCUCCACAGUUUGUGCAUCUCCAUCGCCCUGCCUCGCAGCCAAACCAUCUCUCGCGAGCCCAGAACCGGCUCUCUGUGGACAACCAUUUGUCUGUAGGCCUACACCCCAACAGAGGUCACAAACGCCAGCGCAGCAGAUCCGUUCCUGGGCCUGUCGACUUCGCUGCCCUGCAUGCCAUGCCGGCUUUCCACUUCCAGUCCGCCAAUCCUUUCCAGCCAAGCACUCCACAGCACCAGGAGCAUCAGCAGCCAGACAUCUUCGCUCCUGUUCCCCUUGCACACUCACAAUUUCAACUCCCCCUGAACAUGAGUGAACCUGAUCUCCACAUAGAUACAUCUGCAACCCAGCCACCGCCAUCAUUCAGCAUGUAUCCUGCCUCUGCAACCUCUGCGGCUGCCACGUCUACUCCCGCCACGGACUUUGUAUCAACCCCGCUCUUUAGCAGCGCACCAGAUCAGCCUCAAUCCCUGGGAACACCGUUCAGCUUACCUUUCCUCUCCCCUUCACCAGCAGUUGACAUCGACAUCGACUCUGACCCCCACAGCAUGGCCCACCAGCAUCAGGCCCAAGCAGCUUCUUCUAACGGCCACUCACCUCCCUUAACUGCUACCCAACGCUCCUCUCCAACCAACAUGUUCGCCUCAACCGUCACAUCCACUGGUGUCGAUGACGGAAUCAUCCUCAGCGAUCUAUAUGCGAAGCAGAAUCUCGGAUGUAGCAGCUCCAUUGCCUCUCCAGGCAUGGAAAUGGAGGAGUCAUUUGCAAUGACUUUCCAGGGUAUGAGAGGACAUGGUCACGGCAUGAUGGGUAUGGGAUUUGACAGCGGUACGGUCGAUCCAAGCACCCUUGCUGCUGAAUCUUGA